AUGCUUCAGUCGCCAACAUGCAGCUCUUUGUCCCCGCCCAGGAGCUACAUACUCUCGAGGUGACCGGCCAGGAGAUGGUCGCCCAGAUCAAGGCUCAUGUCACCUCGUUGGAGGGCAUCGCUCCGGAAGAUCAAGUCCUGCUCUUGGCAGGCACGCCCCUGGAGGAUGAGGCCAUCCUCAGCCAGUGUCGGGUGGAGGCCCUGAGCACUCUGGAAGUAGCCGGCCCUAUGCUUGGAGGUAAAGUUCAUGGUUCCCUGGCCCGUGCUGGGAAAGUCAGAGGUCAGGCUCCCAAGGCCAAACAAGAGAAAAAGAAGAAGACUGGCCAGGCCAAGAGACGUAUGUAAUACAACGGGCGCUUU